AGAGAGAGAGAGAGGGAGAGAGGGAGAGAGAGAGAGAGAUGGCUUCUGGUUGGGGAAUCACAGGAAACAAGGGAAGAUGCUACGACUUCUGGACGGACUUCAGCGAGUGUAUGUCUCGUUGCAAGGAACCCAAAGACUGCGCUCUCCUUAGGGAAGACUAUCUCGAGUGCCUUCACCACUCCAAAGAGUUUCAACGGAGAAACCGGGUUUACAAAGAGGAGCAGCGUCAAAUAAGAGCGGCUGCACGGAAGGCCAAAGGAGGUGGAGAUGGAGAACACGAUCAUCAUUAGGAUCCAAUCAUUAGUCAUCGUUUGGACUUCAUAAAUAAAGAUUGGGUUGCCUCGUUACAUUUUGAGGGGGGGGACCGGUAUGAUUUUGUAGACUUUUGUUGCUUCCAGAUUGAGUCUAGCUUUCUUCAUCUAUACAAAAAUGCAUAAUAUCAAUCUGUACUUGCAUCAGAACACUGAUACUGCAUGAUGAGACCUUAAGCUUGCUUUGUAAAUUCUGUAGUCGUUUCUUUCA